AAUCAUCCUGUUUUGUUGCUAAACUUUUCGGUUAAGUAUAGAUCCCUUAGUAGUUGGUAUUUGUUACUCCUGAGCCUUUAUCCUCGUACGGUGACCCAUCAAGCAUAAUUUAUGUCGAAGAAGCGGCACUUUGGGCCCAUGUCUUCCCGCACAUCGUCCUCGAAAACGGCCUCGAAGAGGGUCGCAGAGCAUGAGCCCCAGUCCUCACGCGUCGGAAAGAAAAGAAGGAAGAGGUUACUUUCACGCGUAGUUGAUUCAGACGCAUCAGAAGAAUCAACCCUCGUUGUACGCAACUCGUCCGUGCUCAAUGAGGUGGCACAGCCACCACAACAGCAUUCUGAACCAAAGGAACUCGCAUCACCUGAAGAAACGCUGAUUUAUGUCCCUCCCGACGACGAAUAUGACGAGGACGAGAACUUUCAGGUCAUAGGCGAAACCGACCCCACUGAACAGUCUGACUGUGGCAAUUCUGAGGGUGUACCCGUACGCAUAUUAACAGAUUUCGCCAUAUACGAGUGCGCCAAACAACAGCUAGUGCCUAUUGGUGAGCUACUUAACGUCAACCUUGCGGUGAACAACAAGAUGUACCGUGCCUCGGGUUUUGUGAAAUCUCAUAUGGAUGUCGAUGAAUACUAUGAUGAUGACUACGACGAUGAGGAUAACAGGAAUUGUAUGUCUAACGACGAGGAUUGCCUCCAACGGAUUCGUUUGACAGAAAUCCGGAAGUUCACGAUUCACGACAUACGACAGCGUUCUAGAGAACUCGACGACAAGUUCUAUAUUCUAACGGAACACGCUUGGUAUAUUCUCCACCUUCCUUCAGAACAAUAUGCCCCCUUCUUUCGUGGCUUGUGGCUCAGGCAUCGAGUCGCCCAUCUUCUCGUGUCUAUGGCCCUGGAUAGCCCACGGUUGACUUAUGAAGACUUUGUUUCUUCCCUUCACAUAACUCCUGACUCGCCCGAUGAAGUUUCUGUUGCAUUAACCAUCAUCGGGCGUGAGCUCAAUGAGAAUGACCUACAGUCUGCCGAUAUUAAAUCUUAUGUUUUCGCAACACUUGACGAGCUUCGCGAUGACGGAAUCUACGUUGCGCGCACUCCGGUAGUGAAGGACAUUGUCGGGCAAGAAAUGUCUUAUCACUUGAUGGAGGCAACUGCUCCCCCCUCCCGUUCGCGUGCCCAGCGCCCGCCCCAGAGUCGUUCAUCGAGUUCCGGUAAUAUCGAGAAAGAAGUUCUUAAGCACAGGAACAAAACCGUCGCAACACCCGUCGUCGGAAGGGUCGCACAACGAUUAUUCGAAAAUAUUAAGGUUGCUGGAAAACUCAUGGAAGAGGACAUGCAUGUAUCGGACGACGUGCCACGACAUCCCUCUAUAAUACACGCCACCAACCCGAACUCUGUGCAGUGGCUGGACCCUGUGGAUGACCGUCCUGGCUUUUAUGGUUCUGUUCUCGUGGACGAAGUAAAUUAUUCAGUCGGAGAUGCUGUCAUGGUCGUACCUGGAGAAGACGAGGAUACUGCCCGUGCGAAAUCCUACAAGUACCAGCCCUCUCAGUCGACGAACAAACUCGCAAACGACUAUUGGUUUUGCAUGAUUCGGUACUUCUUCGAAGACGAGGGCGUCAAGAAGUUCCAUGCACAGUGGUUCACACACAGCUCAAAGACUCUCCUUCAAGAAGCGGGACAUCCACAUGCGCUUUAUCUGAUGCUCUCUGAAUGCAGUGACGUCGAAAUUGAUGCCAUAUCACAAAAAUGUAAUGUCCGUGAACUGCCAAUGGACAGCUUUCAGCCAGAUGAGUCAACUCUCGAUGACGACAACGACUUUCACUAUGGACUUAUGUUCAACAGCGUCGAGUCCAGUUUCGUUCGGCUUUCAGACUUGGAAACUCAAACACUUCUCAGCUUCUGUGACGACCAUAAGCAGUGCCUCGCUUGCGGUCACAAGGAACGCGUAUCGAAUUUCACUGAUUCACGAGCCCUUCGAGAUGGCUUCUCUCAUAAUGAUGUCAACUAUCACAAGGGCGACUUCGCGUAUAUCUCAACGGGCCCUAAUAGUGUCUAUCAGAUUGGUCAGAUCGAGGACUUCAAAAUGAAGAGGGGCAGGUGCAUUGAAGUCAUCACUCGACCCUUUGGGCGCUAUAAUGAUAUUGCCCGGGAAGUCGGCCGUGGCAUUGACAAACCAAAAGGAGCCACUUCUGAUGACCGGCGCUUGUUCCAUUCGAAGAGCCAGGAGAAAACAAGACCUGAUGAUAUCCGUGGACAGUGUUUCGUCAUUCAUGAAACAGACGAUGCCGCUAUCGAUGCAUGGGUCAUUCACGACGAUCACUACUACGUGAACGAGUGCGCCGAUUCCCUCGACGUUCGUACGUUCGAUGACCUAAACCCAUGGUCAGGAAAUGAAUUCCGGCACUGCGUCCAAUGCCACAAAGAGCACAAAGCUAAUUUAGUACGCCGGGCUCAACAAUUGCAGAGGUUCGGUCCGCUUCGAGGGCUGGAACUUUUCGCUGGUGCGGGUGGCCUUGGAACCGGAUUGGAUAUGUCUGGCUUUGUGGAGACAAGAUACGCAGUUGAGUUUUCUCCAGGAGCAGCGAGGACUUACAAGCAAAAUCACCCUAAUGUGACGGUGUACAAUCAAUGCACGAAUGUAUGCCUCCAGCAUGCUAUUGAUGUCGCAGAUGGGAAGAAUCCUCGCCCUCUCCAAGCUUUAGGAGAUAAGAAGCGCCUACCUUCAAUGCCUAAGCCGGGUGAAGUUGAUUUUAUUUAUGGCGGUCCGCCAUGUCAAUCCUUCUCAAAGAUGAAUCACGCGAAGAGAGAAGACGAUAUACGGUCUACGCUUGUCUGCAACAUGAUCGCAUACGUAGAGUUUUACCGGCCGAUGUACUUCCUCUUGGAGAACGUUGGCGGGAUCUUGGAGCAUGCAUUGAAGGAGAAAACUGUCGCUUCGGGCGUUGUGAAAUUUAUUAUUGCCGCCCUUCUUGCCUUAAACUACCAGAUCGAAUAUAAUGUUCUUCAUGCUGGAAACUAUGGCGCGCCUCAAGCACGCAAGAGGGUUCUGUUUGUGGCGGCCAGGCAAGGUGUUCCCCUACCCGAUUUCCCGAUCCCGACACAUGUCUUUCCGCACGCAAGAGUACAGCGCGUCAAGUUGCCUACUGGUGCAUACUUAGCACCUGCUUCACGCUUGAAGUAUGGCGAUAACAACACUGACCUCUCCGCUCCGCUACAUUUCGUCACGAUUCAUGAAGCUAUUGGUGAUUUGCCUCCGUUCGACUGGGUUAACCCACACACCAACAUCUCGAAAACUGCUGCUGACAAAGCGGUGGAGCGCAAGCGUAAAGAUGAGCUUGGGAUCCCAUCUUUUUCACCGCUGCAUUCUGCAGGAACUUCAGAGGACCCAUACGCUGGUUAUUCGAAACCAUGUCAAUAUCCUAGUGGGCCACUAUCCCGUUACCAGAAGCUCAUGCGACAAGGAAGCGAAAAGCUUCAAUACCAUUAUACGAAACGCUUCAACGAUAUUAUCAUUGAACGGACUGUAAACGUGCCUCUGAGAGCGGGAGCUAAUCAUUUUGACCUACCAAAGGAGCUGCACACUGGACUCUCAAGGCACGAGAACGCUAGGACGAAAUACAAAGGCGAGACGCGAUGCGUUCGUAUUCACACAUUGGCUGAUCCUUCGACAGCCGUCUAUCAGCGGCUGGAUGCAGACAUGUACUUCUCGACUGCACUGACUACAGUGCUACCAAAUAAUAAGGGUGGUCAAGUACUGCAUCCUUCGCAAAAACGCAUUCUUACGGUCCGUGAAUGUGCACGCGCGCAAGGAUUCCCAGAUUACUACGAAUUCGUCUCAGUGAACAAGGACAAGAUGUCAAAGGCUAUCGAUGAUGUAAGCCUUUGUUGCGUGUUGCGCGCCGUUCUACAUAUGACAUGUUUACAGCAAUUCAGACAAAUCGGUAAUGCAGUACCUACAUCGCUAGCUUCGGCUCUCGGGAAGGCUUUAGGCGGGGCGAUGUCCAAAAUGUGGGAUGCAGAGCCUAGCAGAGAUGCGAGCCCGAUUCUAUGA